AUGGCUACGUGUGAACGAGAGACAUGUCCAAUAGAAAAACCCCAUCGCCACAUCAAAAAGACCAUUCAUGAAUCAAGCAACAGUCGUUCUGGGAAUCAAAGAUUGCAGCAGAUUUUUCUCACAAAAACUGAACGCACAUUCAUCCAUAAAGAUAAAGCAAAUGAGACGAUGCACAACAAAUACUCAUCUCUCAAUUCUACACCAUCACCGCAAUCAUCUACCCUGAAUUGGAACACAUCUUCUUAUUACGAUUACACUGGCAAUAUUUCGAUAUCCCAGCCUUCACUCGCCGCUGGGGGUCAAGUCGAUCUAUCAAGGACUUUUACCCCAACACCGCGCGGUACCUUUUCCUACGGAGGAAGCAAAGAUUACCUGGAAGCUCUCAGCGAGACCGAGGAUUGUUUUGCUAAUCAGCGGUCUUCGCAUUGGUCUGUCACAAAUAAAUCAUAUGGAAAUCAAAGCGUAGAAGUAUCCCCACUUACUUCCCCUCAGCCAAAACGGCCAUCCCCUUUUCCUUCUCCAAUCGGUGUUGCGGUAGCUUUGAAUAAAAUAUCAGAAGAUUAUUCAAUUUUAAAUAUCCGGGAGUCAACUACCGAACAGCAAAAUUCGCAGAUGCUUCCCAUGGAUACUGAGAGCUCAAAUACCCCUGCACCUGUGACAAGACUUGCUUCCCACGUGAAUCCACAGAACUAG